AUGUCCAACUCACCCCCACCCGUAAAAAAUCCCUACGACCCUACAAACGCUCUUGAUGACAUCCCAGGUCUUCACUGGGCCCUUCAUGAACAGAGAUUGUACUUCGCAACUGGAUUUGGGCUUAUUCAAUGUGUGAAGGGUCUUAUGUCUUUUGAGGAUAAGGAUCUCUUGGCCGCUAUCAACCACACCAAGCGCGGUAUAGCUAUCGCUUCUGCACAUCGCAAACGCCCUGGCAGCUUCGCAGGUCGUCUUGCAGGCUACAUCGUUCCCUCACUCAGUACUAGCGGUACAGAAUGGAUCGCAGGUAUGACUCCCGUAGAGCGUCAUGCGGAACUCGUCUAUGCAGAGAGUCUCUAUCAAAAGAGUCUUCUUGGGAUAGUCUAUUCAGGCGAUUGGUUGGCGUUUAUUCGGGAAGUACUCAACAUGCGUACCACUAUCUCCAUAUAUCGUCAACUCGGUAAAUGGAUCGAGACAGUCGACGCGGCAUACGACCCUCAUUUCCGCUCUGGCGUAUACCUAGGUCUCGGCAUGUCCCAUCUCGUGCUCAGUAUGAUGCCAGGAAAACUCCUCGCGCUGGUGGAGUUAUUUGGAUAUAAGGGCGAUAGAAAGUUUGGGUUGGAAUUGUUGGAGAGGGCUGGGGGAUGGAGUGCGAAUGGGAAAGUGGUCGAGAGGGAAGCAGAAGGCGUCCGACGUGCGAUCUGCGAUAUGUCACUACUCAUCUUCCACCUCGUCCUCUCGGCAUUUACGUUCGAAGGCGUCGACGUGCGCAAGGCUGCGAAAAUAUUGGAGUGGAAUCUGAAGAGAUAUCCAAAUGGCGUCUUCUUCCUCUUUGGCGCAGGCCGCCUCGCCCUCGUCCGUUCCCAACCCUCAAAAGCCCUCACCUACUACGUACGCGCUGCCCAAGCUCAAACACAGUAUCGGAAUUUACACCAUAUUUCAUGGUGGGAGAGUGCGGUUGCUUGUUUGGGGCUUUGGAGAGUCGCGGAAAGUAGAUCAUGGUGGGGAAAACUUGGAGGCGAGGCUACAUGGUCUAAAGCGACAUACACGUACGGCGAAGCAGCGUGCUUAGCCACGCUUGGCGAGCACGCAGAAGCGAAGAAACUCAUGGAGCGCGUCCAGGGGCUGAGGCAGAAAAUCGCGGGGAAGAGCAUUCCUGUCGAGAAAUUUGUCGCACGCAAAGCUCGUAAAUACCUAGCUCAAUCCGACAGACUUCUUCUCCCAGCCCUAGAGCUAGCCUAUGUAUUCCAUGCGAUUGCGCAUGCUCCCAGGGAGGUUAUUGCGAGGCAGAUGAUUCCUGCUGUUGGUGAUGCUUUGAGGGAGCUGGGUUUAGAGCUUUCGUCUGGGAGCGAAGAUUUGGUUUCAUCUGGGUCUGGAAGGAGUCAGGGCGGUGCCAAGGCAGGUGAGGCCAAGAAAGGCAAAGACAAGAAGGUGGAAUCGCGGAGUGGGUAUUGGGAUGAUGUCUGUCUUGCGCGUUUCUUGGAGGGCGUGUGUUGGCGAUUUGUUGCGUAUCCGGACCCGGACGCUGAUCUCGAGCCUGAUGAAAAUAUUCCUUUCUCACCGGAGAACGCGCGUACAUGCUCGGAGCGCGCGUUCCGCGCUGUCUUUGAGCACGGACCUGACAUCGAGUUGGACCAUUAUAUUGUGUAUUACGCACAUUUCGAGUACGGGAGGCUGCUAGCGCGAACCGGCAAUAAGGAUGGUGCAAGGAUGCAGUUCGAUCUUGUUCUGUCGGGAAAGCCGCUUGAGGUAAAUGCUGCGGGACGAAAGGGUAAAUACAGUUUAGAGAACGCACUUCACGUGAGGACGAAUGCGGCGCUAGAAGCACUAGACCAGAACCGACUGUUGUGA